CCGGAUGAGCACCCUUCCCUUCCUCCUCUCGGCCGGGGUGGUGUGUCUUCCUUCCGGCUUGCCGAAGAAAGUUGAGGGAGGUUCAGCGGCAACUGGGCUUUUACAUAAUGGACAGCCAGGGAAGGAAAGUGGUGGUCUGUGAUAAUGGGACCGGGUUUGUCAAGUGCGGCUAUGCAGGCUCCAACUUCCCAGAGCACAUCUUCCCUGCGCUUGUUGGGAGGCCGAUCAUUCGCUCGACAGCCAAAGUUGGAAACAUUGAGAUCAAGGAUCUGAUGGUGGGGGACGAGGCCAGCGAGCUGCGCUCCAUGCUGGAAGUCAACUACCCCAUGGAGAACGGCAUCGUCAGGAACUGGGAUGACAUGAAACACCUGUGGGACUACACCUUCGGCCCAGAGAAGCUCAACAUCGACUCCCGUAACUGCAAGAUCUUGCUGACCGAGCCACCCAUGAACCCCACCAAGAACCGAGAAAAAAUCAUUGAGGUGAUGUUUGAGACCUACCAGUUUGGAGGAGUCUACAUUGCUAUUCAAGCUGUGUUGACACUGUACGCCCAAGGCCUUCUGACCGGUGUUGUGGUGGACUCGGGUGAUGGUGUGACACACAUCUGUCCGGUGUAUGAGGGCUUCAGCCUGCCCCAUCUGACAAGACGCCUGGACAUCGCAGGCAGGGACAUCACCCGCUACCUCAUCAAGUUGUUGUUGUUGAGGGGUUACGCCUUCAACCACUCUGCAGACUUUGAGACGGUGCGCAUGAUGAAGGAGAAGCUGUGCUACGUGGGCUACAACAUCGAGCAGGAGCAGAAGCUGGCGCUGGAGACCACCGUGCUGGUGGAAUCAUACACGCUGCCAGAUGGUCGUGUGAUCAAGGUGGGAGGAGAGCGGUUUGAGGCCCCCGAGGCUCUGUUCCAGCCCCACCUCAUCAACGUGGAGGGUGUCGGAGUGGCCGAGCUCCUCUUCAACACCAUCCAGGCAGCCGAUAUAGACACCAGGCCUGAGUUCUACAAACACAUUGUGUUAUCAGGAGGAUCCACCAUGUACCCGGGCCUGCCGUCUCGGCUGGAGAGGGAACUCAAACAGCUGUACCUGGAGCGUGUGCUCAAGGGAGACGUGGACAAGCUUUCGAAAUUUAAGAUCCGGAUCGAGGAUCCUCCCAGGCGAAAGCACAUGGUGUUCCUGGGCGGAGCCGUGCUGGCCGACAUCAUGAAGGACAAGGACAACUUCUGGCUGACCCGGGAGGAGUACCAGGAGAAGGGAGUCCGCGUGCUGGAAAAACUCGGCGUCACCGUCAGAUAAAGCACUGGACGGACAGACCACACACACACAUAUACAAACACACAUACACAUACAUGACAUGCACACAUCUCCCCCUCGCCCACAUCGCAGAGUAUAUAUCUAUUUAUCCUUCUUCUCUCUUUCGGCUCUUGAUACUCCUCAAACAUCAGAGGGAAUCGAGCCGUCACCCCCCCCCCCCCUUCCUCUCUCUCCUCCGCCUCUCUUCUCUCCUGGUUUGGGAUUGGCUCUCACUUUUUCCUCGCAAGCCCACAAGAACCGAUUCCUAUCUUUGCAGAUUCACACUGAAGCUCCUCCUUUACUUAAACUACAAAUUGAAAGGGUUAAUGUUGCCUUGCAGGUGUAUUUUGCAGUCUGGUGGAGAGGGUUAUUAAUGUAAACUCUACUCAAAAUGUGUUGUGAGUUAAACUUGGCAGGUAAACCCACCAGCCACUGCAGCGAGAGUUUCAGAAAGUCUAGUUCCCUCCCUUGAUUAAAACCUCCGGAGGGGAUAAAUUGAUGCAAAGUUUCUGUAAAGCGUCUGUAAUAUCACAAUCAGGGUCCUCCACAAACAGCCACGGGCCGCUUUCAGCAUCUGUUCCAGGUGAGCGAGAACUGAUCACAUUUUUAUGUCGGUUUUUUAUAAAUGAUAUCAUGACUUUUCUUUUCUGGGAGAGGGAAUACUUUGUGCUUUUCCUUUUUUUGUUGGACUUAUAUCUUUAAUUUCUUUUGUUUUUCAUUGACUUAAUUUGUUGCUGUGCACUACUACCAUUGUAAAUGGAGUGUAUUGUGGUAACAGAAGUUCCUCCACGUUUUUAUGAAGAAUUAAGGGUUGAUUUAUAAAGGGAUAAGUACACAAAGGAAAGCCCCUGAGCUUGACAACGGGUGUGUGAUGGUACUUUUGGGGUUUGUGGGUGGUGAUAUUGAAUAUUAUUUGUUCCUCAUCUGACCGCCUCGCCUCUGCCUCCUCCCUCGGUGAAAAUCUGGAGCUGAAUGAGCGGGUGUGAGCAGUUGUAGCAAUAUUACAGACUGUGACGCCGCCAUAGCACCUCACCCGUCGUAUUCCUUCAGAUCCACCGCAGCACAGAGGCAGUCGCAGGUUGAACGAUGAGAUUUGAAUCGCAAAACUGGGGGGGGGGAAUAAAACGGUAUUUUAUCGACGUUGAAAUACUGUUGAGACCAUAUUGAAGUUCUCCAGUGUUUCACUCCCAACGGUUUGACUCAAUGAUUACUGGAGGCACUUCUACUUUUGAGAAAUGUGUAUAUUUUUUUUUCUUCUUCCUCUUUCCAUGAACGUCUAUCCAGUGCCAAGUGCAGUUAAUGUUAACUGGAUCUCUCAUGUUUUAAUGUCUUUCUUUUGUCACUGUUUUUGUUUUUAUUUUCCUGUGUUGUUCAUAGCAUAACUGCCUAACGCUGAUUUAAAUAAAGAAAAGUGAUUUAUAAGGA